AUUACGUUUUUUUUCUUUUCUGGAAACUGUAUGAUGAUAUUGUCUAUAUUACAAAUUUAACAUUAGAGAAAGUAAAGUAAACUUGGGAUAUGUCCUUUCUUAAACCUGGCAUUAUGUGAAGUUGGAAAUCUAACUUGCAUUUGGGAGAAAUGGUUAGAUGCCCUUGUCUAGUAGUACAUUACCUUUUUGUGAGAUGCAAUGUUCAAUGUAAAGGUGCUUAAUUGUUGGCAUUCUUCUUCCUGUAUUUAAUAUAUAUAAAUGCGUUUGACGAUUUGUCCCUACCGUUGAAAUAUGCUAAGCUUUGUGGGGUCAUUCUUUAUCCCCACAUUGAAGGGGGUGCAUCAUUAGGUGGAUUUUAGCAGCCGUUGUUGAAGAUAGAAGGGAAUGUCUAUGGACUCGUGAUGAAGCCAUAUUGCCAUUUCAAGAAAAGACAUCAUGUAUUGUGAUCCUCAGUACUUGUGGAUCCCUGUUAAUGCUUGGUUUCGUUAGGUAUUGUGACUGCCUGUGCCUGUGCUGUUGUUAUGUUUGCUGGAUAUCAAAUAGAUGAGAUCCUUGUCAAUGUUUGGUCACCUCAAACUGAGAUCAUAUUGAGGAGUUGAAUAAGGCAGCGUCCAAGAGUGAUUAGAUGAUUGAUUCUUUCCUUGGUGUUUGGUUCUAAACACUUGCAAUUGAACCUAGAGUCUGCAAUCCUCAAACUCAGACAUAUGUGCUUUAGAUUGUGUUGGAUGUAGUUCAGUUUAUCCAUGAAUUCUCUACAUUCUUUUCUUGCUUAACCUAAUGUAAUCUGCCUUCUAUGCAGGUAGUAAAGAGGAAACCUUUUUUGAUUCUAAAGCAUGGUUAGAUUCUGACACUGAAGAUGAUUUCUACAGUGUCAAUGGCGAUUUUACUCCAUCUCGUGGCAAUACCCCAGUCCAUCACAGCUUCUCCAGGGGAAUGACUCCAGUGCACCGUGCCCUUGCAGACAGUACUCCCACUCCCAUUCCUGAACCAUCCCCAACAGGAGCAAAAAAGAAACUCCUUGAACUGUUCCAAGAGAGCCUUAGAGAAGAUCCGGAUGUUGAUGAGCAACGUACUGUAGGUAACCAGAACAUUACCCAUGGAAAACUGGAAGUGAAGUCAACAAUCCUAGACCUUCCUCCAAAGUCUGUAAAUGGCACCCCUUUUGGUGGAGCUAAUUCUGUUGGUAGCAGUGAAAGGACUGCAAAUGGAGAUGACAUAAUAAUGGAGAAGGAGAAACCAAUUAGGGCUUCACCAUGUUGCCUUCCAAGCUUGGUCUCCUGUCGUAGCUUAGCAGAGAGGAAGAAGAAGGUGAAUAACGCCAUCACUGUAAAUGACAAGGUUUAAUUUCCCAUAAAUUUACAUGGAUAAAUGCUGAAGAGGCCUGGAUCUGGACUCAAUACAGAUUAGAAGCACGAGGUUUAAGAUAUUGUUAAACGCUAUGAAGUCUGGAUUCCAGGCCAUGUAAGAAAGAAAAGGAAACAGCCUAGAAAACGUUUGAUAUAUGGUGAACUCCACUGAGGAUUUUACUAGCUCAUUCAGCUCCAAGGUGAAUCUUUCAUUUCUCGACGGGAAGUCUAUACUUACUAUGUAAUGAAAAAUUUUAAACAAUGAGGCCUCUCAUGCAUGCUCAACUUUUUUAAGUACAGUGCUAAUAUAUCAGUUCUGCCAUA